AUAUUUGGCGCUCGCAUAGUUCGGGGGCUCCGCAAUUGUUACGGUAAUGUGGUUCAGUGCGGUCAUCAUGCUUGAGCCACAUGUUUGAACAAAUCUUGAACUGGCGUAACCGUAGUGCUUCCAGACAGUGAACUCCAACGCUUGCCGAAGCUCAAGCAGGCUUAACCUUAUUGAAUUCAGGUCUACUGUAAACAUGUCCAUGAAAGGGACACAGCGCAGUCCGUUAUGAUAUGAGGAGUUCACUGAGGAGUUCGCGAAGGGCUGGUGGCGCCUGGUUGCUUCAAGUCACGCUUGUGGUAGCCUUGAAUACAUAUGCGUUUGGGCAAGAUGAUGUCUCAAUCGCCAGGGUCUCUUCUGGUCGGCAAACGGUUGCGGCGAUGGCAAACCCGUCCGUUUCGCUAAUUCUGCUUGAAGCCGAGUGGAUGACGCUCUACGAGGCAGACUGCCCACCCAAUGCGCCCGUGCUCAUAACCCGGAAUUUGACGCUGCGGGGCAAUGCGGCGCGCCCCACUACGCUGAACCUGAACUUCCUGCGGCACAAGUUCCGCUUGCAGAACGGCACCAUGAUACGCUUGCAAAACACGAUUAUUCAUCGUUCACGAGCUGGGCCCGCAAGUUUGGCGGUUGGAAUGGAUUUAUUUGCGCCAACCUUACCCGGUGAGGAGGCUAUUCAGUGGAUUGAGGACGGCUACACCAUUUACCCAGUGUGCUUCAACGUCGAGACGUAUCGGACAUUCACGACGGUGACGGCGCACAACCCGCUGCCGCCGCAGCUGCCGCCUGGCAACGCGUGGGAAUUGCCGGUACCAGUGCCCUCACCGCCGGGCGUGUGCAAGAACGUGUCGGAUGCGUUGACUCCGGAUGCUGACCCCUCCGUGUACCCUCUGGACCGCUGCUACGCGCUGUCGGUGCGCUGCCUGGUCAGCUCCGUGUACGGCGCAGACCUGCAGCCGGUAUCAGGCAAUGCCGUGAAGAACGGCUACCUGGUGCACUUGGAGCGCAUGAUCAACUUGUGUCCCGAGGUGCUGUCGAGCGAGUGCAUCACGACGAGAGGGCCCCUGGGCUGCGCUGCGCUGUGGCACAGCCAGAACCGCAUGACGUGGCUGGACGGAAACAUUGGCGCUGGCUCGCCCCCGCCCCCUGCACUGACACCUGGCGGCAACGACACCUUGGGCGGGGGUCAGGGACAGGGACAGGGGCAGGCAGGGGCCCCGGACAGCAGCGGAGGCAACUCCGCAGGUGUACCGGUUGCAGCCAUCGCAGGCGGCAUCGCUGGAGCGGUCAUUGCGUUGGCAGCUGCGGCCGGUGCCGUGCUGCUGGCGCGCCGUCGGCGCCUCAGGCAAGCCCACAAUGCAGUCGAGGCUGGGUCGGAUGCAAAGGGGCCGGCAGUGCACACGAAGGCCACUGGGGAUGUGGAGGCGCCGACCUCAUUUGAGUCGGGAGGUUCUCCCUGCAACAGCACGACCAGCAGCGGCGACGCAACGCAUGUUCAGACUCUUGCCUGCCCCACCGCAACCGACUCCAGUAGCGCUGGCGUGGUUGCAGCUACAAUCGGCAGCUCUGGUCGUUCCCAGGCAGUGGCAUGUAGCGGCAGCAGUGGUCCGGGCAGCGGUCCCAGGUCCGCGGCCGAGCGUGUGCCGUCACCCUCGCCUGGGGCCACGCCCACCGCAGCCGCAGCCGCGUCAGCAGCCGGUAAGGCCAGCGGAAAGCUGGCCCUGCCGCCAUCUGCCGCAUCUGUAGCCCAGCGGGCCCGCCGCGUGGCCACCGGCAGCGGCAGCUCCAGCCUAAACAGCGCAAGCCCAGCAGCGGCAUCUGCGGCUGCCGGCUCCACACUGGCGGGGCCGCCGGUGAGCCGCCUCACGCCGCAGCGCAAGGACCUUCACACAGACGCCUGGUUGGAGAUGUCAGCGCUGGGGCAGCCGGUCAACGCGCCCGGCGACAGCACGGCGGCAACCUCAGCGCAGGAGUCGCCGACAGCAGCUGCAGCAGCAGGGGCUGCAAAGCUAACGGACCCAGCUGCAGCCGCGACCGAUGCCGGUGUUGCAGCAGUUGCUGCAACUGCGGCAGUGGUUUCGGACGCAAGCCUGAAUGCCGGGGACGGCUCUACCCAGGAGCAAAGUGACAAUGUAGUGCGGCUUCUGCCGCAGGUGCUGGGCCGCGGCGCGUUUGGCAAGGUGUACGCGGGCGUGUACCGCGGCCGCCACGUGGCAGUGAAACUGUUGAUGGGGCUGGGGCCGCACCAGCUGGCGCCACCGGUACUCGCAGCAGCAGGGCUGCCGGCGCCACCCGGCGAAGGCACGGGGCCACAGGAGAUGGCGGCGCCUGCUGUUGGCACUCCUUCUGCCGUCCGUGCGUCGGCAGUCGCACUACCUCAACAUACAGGCAGCCCCAGCGCAGACGCCAUCAACCCGGUGCACAUACAGCAGCAACAGGUGGCCAACACCAACGCCGGUACUUGGACUGUGACUCUUGCCGCGGCUGCAGCCUGGCUAUCUCCUGUCAGGGGUGGCAGCAGCGCCACCGAAGUAGUGCCGCGGUUGGGUACUCAGGGUCAGGGGCUUCCAGCGGCCAAGCAGACGGGCUCGCACGAGGCUGACGCCACCGGCACCACUGCCGGCGGCGGUGCUACGUUCUCGACAACCGGAGAGGGCCCCUGCUCUGCACAGACCUGGGUACCCGGGACUUCCAGUGCUGGAGUUUGUGGUGGCGGUGGCCGCAACGGCGUCAAGUGGGAGGCAGCAGAGCACACUCAACAACAGCAAACGCCUCUGUCACAGCACCACCCGGCACCUGUUGUAACGGUUGCGGGUGUACAGAAUGCAUCAGCGCAGGACAAGGCGCAACAGCAGGAGGACAUCGAACAGCAUGGCCCAGCGGGUUACCAGGAGCAGCAGCAAGAGGCUGUGGUGUCGGAGCACCACAACUACACGACUCUGUUUGGAAAGCCAGCAGCUGCUUCGCGUGCCCCUGACGCUCCGGUGUCCAAGGCUGCACCAGCGGCUCCAGAUGCAGCUGCCACCGCUGCCGCUUCCACCACUGCAGCUGCAGCUGUUGCUCCUGCCGUGUGGUAUGACCCGGAGGAGUUGGAGCUGUUCACGCGAGAGGUGCAGGUGCUGGGCCGCCUGUCGCACCCCAACAUCGUGCGCCUGAUCGCGGUGUGCACGGCGCCCCCGCGGCUGAGCCUGGUGAUGGAGGCGGCGGAGACGUCGCUGGACAAGGUGGUUUACGGCGGCGGCGGUGCGCCCGGGGGCGGCGAGCUGCUGCUGCCGCUGCCCAAGGUGCUGCACAUCGCGGUGCAGAUCGCUCAGGGCCUGGCGUAUCUGCACCCCACGGUGUGCCAUGGCGACCUGAAACCCGCCAACGUGCUGCUGAAUGGCGCGAGCAGCGACACGCCCGAGGUCAAGCUCACGGACUUUGGCCAGGCGCACAUCCGCAUGUCCACCACCUUUGGCAGCAGCAGGGCCACGCUGGGUGCGCUGGACGCGCCGGCGGGCGGCACCGCGGCAUUUUGCGCGCCCGAGUGCUUCGACCAGGCCGGAGGACGGGCCGUGGCCGUCACACACAAGGCGGACAUCUACUCCUUUGCGGCGGUGCUGUGGUGCAUGCUGACUGGCCAGGAGCCAUGGCAGGGCCUGGGAGCGGUUUCCAUCGCAGUGCAGGUUGCGCUGCGGGGUCGCAGCCUGCUGUCGGUGCCUUCGGGGCUGGCAGAGGAGCGCUGCCCGCCCAAGCUCAAGCGCCUUCUGGCCGAGUGCUUCGAGCCGGACCCGCGCCGGAGGCCGGCGGCUGCCGAGGUUGUGAAGCAGCUGAUGUUGGUGGAGGAGCAGUGGGUGCGCAGCAGGGCCCAGCAGCAGCAGCAGCAGCAGCAACAAAGGCUAGAGCGGGAGCAACAGCAGGUGGCGCAACCAAGUCAUCAUCCUCAGCCGCGGCCGCCCGCAAACGGCAGCAGCAGUGGAUCCGGCGCAGGCGCUCGUGUGCCGCCGCCCAGAUCAUCCGCAAACUCGACCCUCUCAACGCUAGCAGCAGCCACUGCGUCAUCAAUGGAUCUUGCGGUGAGCGCAACCGCCUCCUCCUCUACACGCGCCUUCCGCCCGCGCUCCAGCGAUCCUGGGGCACUGCGGCCGCCACCUCCAUACGCACCGCUGCUGCACGUGCGCCAGUGCACCGCAGCAUUGGGUGCGACAGCGGCUGAACCGGCGGGCUGGGUGCUGCCUGGCGCGGGCAGCCUGCAUCGCCGUGAGUUCUGGGAGAGCCGCGGCUCUGCUGGGACCAGCACCAGCGGCCUGCUGCUGCCGCCGCUGCGCCCGCUGCACGCGGUGCGCGUCACCUCAGACACGGCUGACACCUCGAGUGGCGUCGUGUCAGUGCUGCCGCUGCUGGACAGCAUCCGUGGCGGCCGCAUGCACAUGUGCACCGGCAUGUGGUCAGCUCAGCCCGUGGUGAUGACGCCGCAGCCGGUCGCGCCCUCACAGCAGGCUGCCGCAGUGGCGCUGGCCGCCGGUGCUGCGGUUCGGGUGAGUGUGUUGGCUGCAAGCAGCCGCCGCGCUAUGGCGGCCGCGGCAAAGGCACUGACAGGCGCGCCGCCGCCGUCGCGGCCGUGGCGUCCACAUGACCCUCCGCUCGGCCUGCGGACUGCGGAAGCUGAUCGGCAGCAGGCAGCGCCACAUGUCGGCUUGGAGCUGUGCAGGAUCGAUGCCCGCGGCUGUGACAGCGCUGAGGAUGCUGCAGAUGAUGGCGGCCGCGCGAUGCACCGCCACCAGCAGGGGUAGCUGCCGCAGCUGUAGCACGCGCCGGCGCGGGAAGGUAUCUCAACUGCAGUUGCCAAUGCUGACGCAACAAUGGCUGCCCAAAAAGAUCACGUAUACUUUGCGCUCGCCGCAGUAGCCCAACCGAUUAACCGAUGCACGAUGUAAAUGAGGCUCAGGGCAUGAUUGGUGAGGUGCCGGCAUCAACUUGGUCAACUGAUGAGUGUCCCGACUGGGCCACAGUAAGUAUACUGUUGUGGAAUUCGGCUACUGACACCGCCCCUGCCUGCAUGAUAUGCGAUUACUGGUGAUUCCGUGUGAACGUGCACGGCGCGUGCUGGCGAGCACCGCACGGUAUGCUGUAUUUUUGUAGGCCGCAGCGGUGAGAAGUGUUGUGUCUUAAGGGAUUUCCUGCUGUUGAUUGCUGGCUGUGCUUAAUAACAGCGGGACGUGGCUGGACGAAUGGGGGGCCGUACCGACCCCGGCUACGUCCGGGAGAUGAGGUAGACGCUUGCGGCCUCAGACUAGAGACGUGGCGUGGGCUCAGCCCACUUUUGGUCACUGCUCGGUGCUCGGACGAUUCUCUGGGCACAUGCUACAUGCAACGUUCAUGUCUACAGCUUCAGCACAAUCCCUUUUUCGGACAUCAUGUGCUGAGCCCCCUGAGCGAAGCGAUCCAGGGGGGGCGGCGGCGGUGGCACCGCGCCUACCGGCGGCAACAGCAGCGGCCACGGCGUUGGGCCCGGUGGUGGUGGCGGCACGGGCGGCCCUGGGCCCAGCGGCAGUGGCGGCGCGCAUGUUCGGAGCAGAGGGGGCGGGCAAGGCCACGUGGAGGAGGACAGCGCGGCGCCGCCUUCAAAGCGGCGCCGGCGCGCAGGUUGAGACCUGCCGGUGUUGUCUGGUUAGCGACCUGUGCUGACGAGGAUGGCGUAGCGGGCAGUCAGCUGCAGCGGCAGGGGUGUUUUCCUUGCUGUCUGGUUGGCCUGCUGCCUGCUGCACUAGUGCUUGAUAGCUGGGCGCGACUGGGCACAUAUGGCGGGCGGUGCCUGUACCAACCGACCCCGGCUAUGUCCGGGAGAUGAGGCUAGUAUCGGAACCUUCGGCCUCAGACGGAGGACGUGGCGUGGCGGCACAGCCCACUUUUCCCUUGCAAGGGAGAGCCACCUUUUCGUGUCUUGUCAGGUCUUGUCGGACAUCAUAAUUUACAUUCUGACACGCAUGCUCUUGCAUCCCAUGUCCAGUAACCCCGCAGCACGCUCCUUACGACUCUGUGUUGCCUGGGACGUAGCUGAUGGUUUCGUGCACGUGUCCACAAAACAGUACCGUACCUGAGUAAAGUGUUCAUGCCAUACUUCAUCGGCGGCGAAACUGAAGGGAAGUCGGAAAUGCUCUUUCGGUGGAUGUUUAGCUGAUAGAGGUUACAUGUGGGACGACAGCCGUGGACUAGCCAGGGCCCCAAAAACGUACGAGACACGCACGCUCACCCGAGGAGGGAUCCCCGAAUG